GCAGAGGAGGAGAUGAUGCAGAGGAGGAAGUGGUCGAUAGUUUGAGAAAUGAUUGACAGGAAAUGACUGGGCACUUCCUGUAGAAGCUGUGAACAGGAAGUGAGGAGAUGGCGGCUCUUCUGAUCAUCGCUGUGUUUCUGGGGGUCCAUGCUGCCUGCGGGUGGCGCUGUAUUCCUGGGGGACCCUGUGACGUCAGCAUCGACGACAGCAGUGUCCAGCAGGCAGCGCUGUCAGCUGCAGUGUCCUUCAACAACCAAUCAAAUGACAGCUUUCUGUUCAGGCCAGAGCAUGUCAUCAAGGCCCAGAAACAGGUGGUGAAGGGCAUCCGGUUCCUCGUGGACUUGAAUCUUUGUAGAACCAUGUGUCGAAAACGAGACAAAGCCAAGAACCUCUCUGACUGUGGCCUUCAGCCCCCGGGUCCUCUGCACCAGGUCUUCCGUUGCCAUGUGGAGGUUUGGGAUGUACCCUGGAGCCACCACAGCAUCAUUCAGAGACUCUCCUGCAAAACUCUCUCCUCAGCUGCGCAGAGAUCAGAGUCUCAGCCAGUCAGAGAUAGUGACUGAGAAAUGUUAAAAAGGGGUCUUUGCCUUUGGCAAGUUUUUGAUGAGGGGUUAGAACAUGGGAGAAAGAUCCUGAAUCCCUCCUCUUAAACUCAUCUGUAUAAGGCAAGUUAGUCUUUUUCUGUCUCGUAUUUUGAAAUUUAUGAACAUGUAUAAAUUAGCAGCUUACAUUAGAAUAAGAAAUAAAAACAAAAAGCAGUCAUUUCUCUUGUGGAUCAAUAAACUCCUAAAGUCAUGUGACACACUCUUUGGUGUGGUGUCUUUGGU